AUGGCCAAAAAGUUUUCGGAUAUUCUCCUUCCACAAUUUAACCAAGAUGCUUUCAUUCCAAUGGGAUGCGGAGCCCAAUCUUCUAUAACACCCUUACAGUCGCUCUGUGCAAAAAUCCCUCCUAUACAAAGGGGACCAGCAUGUCAACAACUAAUUGCCCAACAACCCCAAUUCCCUCUCAGCCAGAAUAUUUUUAAUCAGCAACAGCAAAUGAUGGGCGGUGGAGGAGGGACAAUGUUAAGCGGUGGGGGAAUGGAUUCACUUGGAAAUAACGGAGAAAUGAGUGAUUGUCAGUGCUCCGGGGCUUGUAAUAAUAACGGGCAGAUUCCAUUAAUGAAUCCACAACAAUUUGGAAGUAAUGGAUGUACUCAGCAACAAUGCAAUGUAAAUGCUGCUGAUGCUAUUAACUGUCAGCAACAAAUGGGCAGUUUGAAUGGAGGACAGUCAACAGGGUGUAAUAAUGGAGCUUUUCCUCAAGCAACUAAUGGGGCUUGUAUGGGAGAUGGCAAUAAUAAUAAUAAUUUUUAUAACCUGCCAGCAUUUGGAGGAGGUGAGAAUAAUGGAGGGGGGAAUAAUGAGUAUAGUAUUAGAUAUUGUCCUCGGAGCUUAACCAACCGGAUAAGUCUUUCUCCGGAAAUGUCUUUUACUGGACCUAGGUCAUAUCAAAAUCCCAAAUGGAAAGGCUGGAAAGGCCUGCACAAAUACGCUCCAGUACAUUAUCAAACAGAAUCAUAUAGGUAG